CGCGCGCGAUGUGAUGUCCCAGAACAUGAGGUCUGAAUCUGGUCUGGUCCCCAAUCAUGGGGACAGUGAUCCAAGCAGAAGCAAGCGGAUCAGUCCUUAGAGUCAGAGGCUCCUAUGAAAUAUCUCUCGGCCCCUCCCCUGCACGUCCCACUUGCAGAGGCUCAAAAGAGCAUGACUGGUAUGGAGUCGCGCCUCGCCGUGCUGCUUCUGGCGAUAUUAUUUGCCACGUCUCUGACCGCUUCGUCGGAGUCGAGCCAGUACUGCGAUGCUGGAAACGGGUAUGGAGAGCCCCAGUGCGGGGUUUCCUCGGAGGGGUCGCCACUGAAGAUCUUGAUAAAGGGAGGCACAGUGGUGAACGCUCAUGGGGCGGAGGUUGCCGAUGUUUAUGUGGAGGAUGGGAUCAUUGUCGCCGUGGAGCCUUAUAUCAAGCAGGUGGGUGAUGAUGUGACCAUCCUUGACGCUACAGGGAAGUAUGUGAUGCCAGGAGGAAUCGACCCGCACACUCACCUUGAUGUGGAGUCCAUGGGGAACAAGGCGGUUGAUGACUUCUUCAGUGGUCAGGCUGCAGCUUUAGCUGGCGGGACGACAAUGCACAUCGACUUCGUAAAACCGCUCAACGGGAGCUUAAUUGCGGGCAUCGAAGCGUAUCAAAAGAAAGCAAAGAAGUCUUGUAUGGAUUACGGUUUCCACAUGGUGAUUUACAAGUGGGACGAAGUCGUCUCUCAAGAGAUGGAAGUCGUGGUAAAUGAGAAAGGUAUCAAUUCUUUCAAGUUCUUCAUGGCCUACAAAGGGCACCAGAUGGUCAACGACGAGGUCCUGUUGCAAGGAAUGAAAAAAUGCAAGUCCCUGGGUGCAUUGGCGAUGGUCCAUGCUGAAAACGGCGAUGCCGUUUCCGAAGGCCAGAACAGAAUGAUCGAACUCGGUAUUACUGGACCGGAAGGACACGCUCUCUCGAGGCCCCCAGUGCUUGAAGGAGAGGCAACUGCUCGAGCAGUUCGUUUGGCUGGUUUUGUGAACACACCUCUCUAUGUUGUGCAUGUGAUGAGCAUUGAUGCCAUGGAAGAAAUAGCAAAAGCUCGUCGGUCAGGGCAGAGGGUUAUUGGAGAGCCAGUGGUUUCUGGAUUGGUCCUGGAUGAUUCCAAGCUAUGGGAUCCCGAUUUCAUCACCGCCGCAAAGUAUGUCAUGAGCCCACCGAUUAGGUCAGCAGAGCAUGGCAAAGCUCUUCAAGCAGCUCUUUCGACAGGAAUUCUGCAGCUCGUAGGAACUGAUCACUGUGCCUUCAAUUCUACGCAAAAAGCUCUAGGAAUUGAUGAUUUUCGAAAAAUCCCAAACGGCGUUAAUGGUAUCGAGGAGAGGAUGCAUCUUGUUUGGGACACAAUGGUGGAAUCUGGACAAAUCUCUAUCUCUGAUUAUGUCCGGAUAACGAGCACCGAGUGUGCUAGGAUCUUCAACAUUUACCCGAGAAAGGGAGCGAUCCUUGCAGGGUCCGAUGCUGAUAUAAUCAUUCUCAACCCAAAUUUGAGUUUUAAGAUCAGUGCCAGGAGCCACCUCUCUAGAUCAGAUACAAAUAUCUAUGAGGGAAGGAGAGGGAAAGGAAAGGUCGAAGUGACAAUUGCAGGAGGAAGGAUCGCUUGGAUGGGUGGUCAGCUCAAGGUCGCUCGUGGUUCCGGCAAGUAUGUAGAGAUGCCACCUUUUGGUUAUCUGUUUGGGGGAAUGGACAAGGAAGAUGCUAGAUAUCUCUCGUCCCUUCGAGCUCCAGUAAAGAGAUGAAGAUCGUGUGCAUAACCUAGAGAUUGCUAAUAUGCCAAGUGGAACUCGUGUUUGAAAUUGAUGACGGUCCGGGGAUUAGUGUACUAGUACAAAGAUUUCGUUCUGAAUGAAAAAAGGUACAUAAAACUCUGUUAGAGAUCACAGAAACUUACGAUAAGUCUCUACAGAUGGACACGAUCUCAUUCUAUUAUUUUACAGGGAUAACUUGCUACAAGAGAGCGGUCAGCUCUUAAAGACUGGCUUUGGUCGAAGGUUUGAACCGGGAAUCACGGCUUGAUACAGCAGUUAAUGUAGGUCAGGAUCUUCUUUUUCUUCUGCACGCAGUAAACAUAGAAGAUUAGAAGCAUGCCAUCACAUCUGUUUCUCUUCGAAAAAAUAUAUUUCUUCGUGCAUCAUCUGGCAAACGGAUUGCAAGUAAUUAUUGCUAGUGAAAGUGCCGCCCUGCCUAUUAAGGUCAGUGUGCAUUUGACUGAAGGGAUACAGACAUAAAAUGAGACGGAGUUCCCUGUUUCACUGAAUGAAGAUCACUUUC